AUGGCAGAAGAAGGGGCUGUCUUCAAGAUGACCAGUGACCUGAAGGCUGUCAUCUCUGCCAUCCUCCAAGGCUAUGGGGGUGGGCGGCAGCCGGUGACAGACACCAGUGCGGAACUGCACAGACUCUGUGGCUGCCUGGAGCAACUGCUGCAGUUUGACCAGAAAGAGCAGAAGAGCUUCCUGAGGCCUCGGAAGGAUUACUGGGACUUCCUCUGCACAGCCCUGUGGCAGCAGCGGGGGGACACGGAGCCAGUCCACUUUGUCCACUCACAGGACAAGUUGAAGACCCCGCUGGGAAAAGGCCGAGCCUUCAUCCGCUUCUGUCUCGCCCAGGGACAGCUGGCAGAGUCCCUGCAGCUCUGCCUCCUGAACCCAGAGCUAACCAGGGAGUGGUAUGGCCCCCGGAGCCCUCUGGUGUGCCCUGAACUCCAGGAAGACAUCCUGGACUCCCUCUAUGCUCUCAACGAGGUGACCUUCGACUUGGACCUGCAACGGCCAGACUUGGAUGGAGCCUGGCCCAUGUUCUCAGAGUCCCGCUGCUCCAAUUCCAACUGGACCCUGGGAAGAAGACCCAGAAAGAUCAAAGAUUCCCCUAAGGAGAUCUCACCCACAUAUGGAGACCCCACAGGAGGCCACCCAGAGGAGCCACAUACCAGGCAAGCCAGUUCUCUGCGAGAUGCACCCAGGGAAGACAGGUUGACUGGACUCCCCAGGUCCCAGCAACAUAAGCAUCAGCCCCUCUUUUUGGAAAAGAAGAAAGAAGAUCCCAGGAGGCUUGGGCCUCCCCAGAGCAUGUGGGAACUAGAGGGGGAGGAGCUUCAGCAAAACCAGGAGAAAGGAGCUCCAAGGACGGGGAUGUGCCUGGAGAACUCAACACCUAGCAUCCAGGGACAGGGGAAGGGGGCCAAAGGGACUCUGAAGGAGCUGAUAGGGACAGAUACUGAGGGCAGGGGGGGUUUGCUGAGUGCAGAGGGCCAGAGAACAAUAGAUGGGACUUAUGAAGGGGAAGCAGAGAGGAGUCAGAUCCAUAGGCUGCUGGCCUCCAGCCCCAAAGAGAUGAUAAGGGAUGCAGUGUCAGGGAGCCCUCAGGGCGGGAAAGUGCCCAGCAUCCCGAGGGGGUUCUGGGUCCUUCAGGGCCUGGAAACAAAGGAAGGCUCCACCACGGAGAAGCCCCAAGAGCAAAUAGGAGUGACCAACGCAACCAGGAGGGAGGAACAAGCAGAGAUGGCCUUGCAGGAUGUGGUCCAGAGUCUCAGACAUGGGCUCCAGAAAACCAAGGAGCAGGCCCAGCACCAGGAACAGCUGCUGAAGGAGCAGGAAGGGGAGCUGAAGGCACUGCAGGAACAGCUCAGCAGGUGUCAGGAAGAGAGGGCCCGGCUGCAGGCGGAGCUGGAGCACAACCAACAGCAGGCUGAAAGGAAGGGUGCCAUGUAUGAGGAGGAGCUUGACGGGCAGCGGGACCUGGUCCAGGCCAUGAAGAGGCGGGUGCUGGAGCUGAUUCAAGAGAAGGAUAACCUGUGGCAGAAGGUCCAGCAUCUCUCUUCCUUGGCCCCUGGAUGCUGUGUUGUCUGUAACAAGAUCUUUGGUCGGCUGUCUCGGCGGUACCUGUGCAGGCUCUGCGGAGGCCUGGUUUGCCAUGCCUGCUCUGUGGAUUUUAAGAAGAAGGAGUGCCACUGCCCACCCUGCUCCCAGAGGAGAGAAGCCCAGGUCCUCUGA